GCGGGCGCCAGGCCGAGGACAUAAAAGCAGGAUACCCGAAGCAAAUCGCGCGAGUGUUGUUGCAGAGGCGUGGGGAUGGCGGCGCGUGGGCAGAGACCCGAGCACAGCGGGCCUCCGGAGCUGUUUUACGACAAGAAUGAAGCCCGGAAAUACGUGCGCAACUCACGGAUGAUUGAUGUCCAAACCAAGAUGGCUGGGCGAGCGUUGGAGCUCCUCUGUCUGCCUGAGGGUCAACCUUGUUAUCUGUUGGAUAUUGGCUGUGGUUCUGGCCUGAGUGGAGAUUACCUCUCAGAUGAGGGGCAUUACUGGGUGGGCAUUGACAUCAGCCCUGCCAUGCUGGAUGUGGCCUUGGACCGAGACACGGAGGGAGACCUGCUUCUGGGGGACAUGGGUCAGGGCAUCCCCUUCAAACCGGGCACCUUUGAUGGUUGUAUCAGCAUUUCUGCGGUGCAGUGGCUCUGUAGUGCUAACAAGAAGUCCGACAUUCCUGCCAAGCGCCUGUACUGUUUCUUUUCUGCUCUUUACUCUGUUCUGGUCCAUGGAGCUCGGGCUGUCCUGCAGCUGUACCCUGAGAACUCAGAGCAGUUGGAGCUGAUCACGACCCAGGCCACCAGGGCCGGCUUCACUGGUGGUGUGUUGGUGGACUAUCCCAACAGCGCCAGAGCCAAGAAGUUCUACCUCUGUUUGUUUUCUGGACCUUCGACCUUUAUACCAAUGGCCCAGAACGAAGAUAAUGAGGAAGAGGAGGCCAGGGAGUCCACGUUCACGGUUGAGAGCCUGUCAGGGUCCGGUGUGGCAGAGACACCAAGGCGGAAAUAGGACCUGGGAACCCUUCAGACCUGUGCCUGCACCUGCCUCCGGCUGAGCUAGUGGAGCCCUUCCGGAUGUCUGUGGGCAGCCUUCCUCUCUGCCUGCCCUCUUGCCAUACCCAGCAGGCUGUCCCCUCCUCCCAAGGCUGCUUCCUUCACCUACAUCCCGGACCCCAUCCCCACUUGGCCCCUGUGGCUCUCAUUCCUCUCACGCAUCCUCAUGUUUACCCUCCUGAGUCAUCCCCAUCAGCACACAAACAUCCUGCACGAUUUCUCCUGUCUUCAGAAAGGGUCCUCCCUUAACCCCAUAACAGCUCCUGGCGUCCACCCUGUUCAUCGGCUUCCCUUUAUGACCAAACUCCUCACACUGUCUCCUCUGCCAUUCUCACUCCUCUCCUCUGGCUCAUGCUUGUCUCAUCACAAAUAGCUCUCUUUUUUUUCAGU